AUGGAGGAGAAAUAUGAGAAGGGUCAUCAUGCUUUACUCAAUGAAGGCGAGGAAAAUGAAAUGGAGAUAUUUGGUUACCAAACUCAAAGAUUCCGGAAAGCCCUGUGCAUUGCUGGAUGCAUACUUUCCUGUGGGAUCUUGCCACUUUUGUUUUAUUGGAGACCGGCCUGGAACGUUUGGGCCAACUGUAUUCCAUGUACCUUGCAAGAAGCAGAUGUCAUAUUACUUAGGACCACGGAUGAAUUUCAAAUUUAUUCUCGCAAGAAGGUGAUGUGGAUUUACUUAUCAGCUUUAAACAGCUCAUUUGGUCUCACCCCAGACCACUCACUCAUUAAGGAUGAAGACGGAAUCAUAAAUAGAGCCAUAAUCAAGCCUGAUUUAAAGGUGAGAUAUAUAAAAGUGCAGAAAAUCAGGUACGUUUGGAAUAAUUCAGAGGAAGAGUUCCAGAAAAUUGGAUGUUUGGAAGAUGACAUCACUGCUGCCAAGAUACACUUGAAAUUUGGAGCUGGUCUGACCAGAGAAGAGCAAGAGCUCAGGAGAUUAAUAUGUGGGCCCAACACUAUUGAUGUUGAAGUUACACCCAUUUGGAAGCUUCUCACCAAGGAGGCUUUAAACCCAUUUUACGUGUUUCAACUCUUCAGUGUCUGUUUGUGGUUUGGUGAAGACUACAAGGAAUAUGCUGCUGCCAUCAUAAUCAUGUCCAUUAUUUCUAUUGCCUUAACUGUAUAUGAUCUCAGACAGCAAUCAGUAAAACUCCACCGUUUAGUAGAAUCUCAUAAUAAUGUCAUGGUCAUGGUGUGCAGAAGAAAAGAAGGAAAUUUCCAAGAAGUGGAGUCAUGCUACCUGGUACCUGGAGAUUUGUUAGUUCUGUUGGGGAACAAAAUGCAAUUACCAUGCGAUGCUAUCCUGAUCGAUGGGGGAUGCAUCGUAGAUGAAGGCAUGCUGACAGGAGAAAGCAUUCCGGUCACUAAAACUCCACUGCCAAAGGAGGAUAAUUCCAUGCCUUGGAAAAUUCACAGUGUCGAGGACUACAAGAGGCAUCUUCUCUUCUGUGGAACCGAAGUGAUCCAAACCAAGGCAGCUGGCCUAGGGAAAGUGACAGCUGUGGUUCUGCAAACCGGUUUCAACACAGCCAAGGGAGACCUGGUGAGGUCCAUUCUCUACCCAAAGCCCAUGAAUUUCAAGCUCUACAGGGAUGCCAUAAGGUUUCUUCUCUGCCUCGUAGGGGCUGCCACUAUUGGAAUGAUCUACACCGUGUGUGUUUACGUUAAAAGUGGGGAACCAACUGAGGAAAUAGUAAAGAAAGCGCUGGAUGUCAUUACCAUUGCCGUCCCUCCAGCUCUGCCAGCUGCUUUGACGACGGGGAUCAUCUACGCUCAGAAGAGGUUGAAGAAAAACGGCAUCUUUUGCAUCAGUCCACAGAGGAUCAACAUAUGUGGACAGUUAAAUCUUGUCUGCUUUGAUAAAACAGGCACCUUAACCAAGGAUGGUCUGGAUCUUUGGGGAGUGGUCCCCUGUGAUAGAAAUGGCUUCCAGGAAGUCCACAGCUUCAGCUCGGGCAGGGCUCUGCCCUGGGGACCGCUGUAUGGAGCAAUGGCCAGCUGCCACUCUCUGAUCGUUCUGGAGGGGACAAUCCAGGGAGACCCUCUGGACCUCAAAAUGUUUGAAGCCACUAACUGGGAACUAGACAAUUACCGGAGUCAUCCCAACUGCGAAGAAGUGACUUCACAAGCUGUAAUCGUUAAACCGGGCCACACAGACACUCAAGUUCCAGUGGAAGGAAUGAUCAUUUUACACCAGUUCCCAUUCUCUUCUUCCCUGCAGAGAAUGUCUGUUGUUGUGCAGGAGGUGGGAGGAGAUUAUCUGGCAUACAUGAAGGGGGCUCCCGAGAGGGUGGCCAGCUUUUGCCUACCAGACACAGUACCAACCACUUUUACAAGUGAGCUGCAGAUUUAUACAGUGCAAGGGUUUCGGGUCAUCGGAUUGGCAUACAAGAGAAUGGAGAUAGAGGCCCAAGGAAUCUCCCUAACAAGAGAGAAGGUGGAGUCAGACCUGACAUUUUUGGGUCUUCUCAUCAUGGAAAAUAGCUUGAAGGAAGAGACAAAGCCAGUCCUGCAAGAGCUCAACUCUGCCAAGAUCAGGACAGUCAUGAUCACAGGUGACAACCUUCAGACAGCUGUUACUGUAGCCAGAAAAUCUGGGAUGAUUUCUGAAAAUGAGAAAGUCAUUCUCGUUGAAGCAAAUGAAAUUGCAGAAUCUUCAUCAGCAUCCAUCAACUGGAAAUUAGUCGAAGAAAGAAAGCCCACUGAACACAGAAGUCUCGAUAGUUGCAUUAACGUGGAACAAGAAAUCAGCACUGAAGAUGGUGGAAGAAAUUACCAUUUUGCCCUAAGUGGAAAAUCCUAUCAGACUAUAGGACAGUAUUUCAGCCAUUUGCUGCCCAAAAUACUGAUGAAUGGAACUAUUUUUGCCAGAAUGUCUCCUGGGCAGAAAUCCAACCUGGUAGAAGAAUUUCAGAAAUUGGAUUAUUUCGUAGGUAUGUGUGGUGAUGGGGCAAAUGAUUGUGGGGCUUUGAAAAUGGCUCAUGCUGGGAUCUCGCUCUCAGAACAAGAAGCGUCCGUGGCUUCCCCUUUCACCUCCAAAACCCCCAACAUAUCGUGUGUGCCACACCUCAUCAAGGAAGGACGUGCUGCUCUCGUUACUUCAUUUUGUAUGUUUAAGUACAUGGCUCUGUACAGCAUGAUUCAAUAUCUUGGUGUUCUGCUGCUUUACUGGGAAAUUAACAGCCUUUCAAAUUAUCAAUUUUUGUUCCAGGAUCUCGCUAUUACUACUCUAAUUGGUAUAACAAUGAGUUUGAAUGGUGCCUACCCCAAACUGGUCCCUUACAGACCUCCAGGGAGACUGAUUUCCCCACCUCUGUUGUUAUCUGUGAUCCUCAAUGUCCUUUUCAGCCUGGCCACGCAAAUUUUGGGCUUUGUGAUGGUCCAGAAACAGCCGUGGUAUUCCUCAUUUGAUAUCUACAGGGCUUGCUCCAUAGAAAAGGCAAACAGCUCUGAGAGUCCAGCUUCUCUAAACAUCACCCAGUCUGCAGCAAGAAAUGAGAAUGAUGCCUUCAAAAGCUAUGAAAACACAACAAUAUGGUUCUUGGGCACAAUCAACUACAUCAUGUUAGCUCUGGUGUUUUCCAAAGGAAAACCCUUCAGGAAACCAAUCUAUACUAAUUAUAUAUUUCUCCUUGUGCUGGCGAUACAGCUGGGCGUAUGCAUAUUUCUUCUCUUUGCUGAUAUCCCGGAUUUGUACGAAAGGAUGGAUCUUGUAUGCACACCCAUGCUAUGGAGGUUGUAUAUUAUAAUUAUGCUUGCUGUCAAUUUUGCUGUGUCCUUGAUUUUUGAGGAGGUCGUCAUUGAAAACCGUGGCCUCUGGAUCCUACUGAAAAGAUGUUUUGGGUACCAGUCAAAAAGUCAGUACCGAAAAUGGCAGAGAGCCUUGGCAAAUGACCCAAGCUGGCCACCGAUAAACAAAACAUUCUCUUCUAACAUGCCAGAGGUUAACAAAGAGGCGUCCUACAGCAACCCAGUGUUCGAGAGCAAUGAAGAAACAUCAUGAGGAAACUGGUCAUUUCAGAGAUUCAACACAAAGACAAUAAAGAAAGGGAAGAAUUCAGUAAUUUGCAAAUUAUUGGAAUCAUAUUUUAACCAGGAUUUUCAAGUGUAUAUAGCAAACUGGAGUUAUAAAUUAAUGUCUAUUUACCAGGAAAGUUAUUUUCAGUAAACAGUUUGUCUAAAUAAUAUUUUCUCUUUUAGCCAAAUGGCAUUUUGGGAGCAUAUACUCAAAUUGGAAAAUUUAA